AUGGACUUUGCCUCACAGAUGAAGGUGAAAAAGGUGAAUCAUGGAGGAGGAUCUGUGUGGGCCUCUUAUGGGACAUGGUGGGAUGUCAAGGCAGGUUUGGCUAUAGAGGUUCAAGCAGAAAGGCUUGAGGCUCUGAUAAUUUCACCUGGAGAGCAUCCGUCCUUGUCUCUGCUGCAGAAGACUCCUUCUAGUCCAGUCAGCUGCCACGCUACAGGUUUCUAUCCUAAAAGCGCCCUGAUGUUCUGGAAGAAAGAUGGGGAGGAAAUUCACGAGCAUGUGGAACAUGGAGAGAUCCUUCCAAACAAUGAUGGGACCUUCCAGAUGACGGUUUACCUGAACAUCUCCUCAAUCAGUCUUGAUGACUGGAAGAGAUAUGUAUGCGUAUUUAAGUUCCUUGACAAAGAGGAAGAAAACAUCCAACUGGAUGAAGCAGAGAUAAAAACCAAUAGAGCUUUGUUCACAGAGAGGCAGAGUAACACAACUGCUCCCAUCAUAGCUGUAGCAAUUUCUUUUGUUCUUGUUUCCAUUGGUGCUGCUGGAUAUGUGGUCUAUAAAAAGAAAAUAGUUCCAGAGGGGAGAUUGGAGCUUCUUGAGCCACUGAACUCAGAGGCCUGAUCAACAAACUGUUGCCCGAUGUGGGGAUUUUUUAUGACUUCUGUCUGAAAUAAAAUAAACACUUAUACUUUCUUUCUGUACAAGUGCUUCAGAGAUUAGGCUCUUUUACAGACCUAAGUUAAACAAAGUUUUAUCUUUGUUAAAACCUGUUUUGUUUUUUUAACCACAUAUCAGAUUAAAGCUAAAACUUGUUAAACCUGGUUUGAUCUAAUCCCAGUUUCAGUUCAGAGCAGGUCAAAUUAGUCACAUGGUGAAACUUC